AUGAAUCAGGCAGGUCCAUCACGAAUAGGACAAAAGCUUACACCAUCUGAUAAAUGGCAUUUCGAUCUGUCACGUGUGCAACAUCUUCCACCGGCACCAUCAUAUUAUACGGGAUUUCGUAAUUUACGCUCUCCAAGUCCAUCAAUUUGCUACCCCUAUGAAUAUCCAAAAUACAAUCAAUAUGCACUAUCACAACCACCGAUAUGUCCACCGGAACACGGUCGUAUCCCACCUGCACCAUUAUCUCCAACCUAUACGAUAAGUCCAUUUAAUGGUUCUCCUCCGAACAGCAUUUACAUUCCACUUACCAGACAGCUACCACAAGAUCGAAAGGUUAUGUCCAAACUUGCAAAACGUCGUGGUGUUCACAUUCAUCCGUUAACCGGUAGAAUGAAAAUUGUCAAACGACGAACUCAUCAAAAAUGA